UUCUCAUUUAAAUGUCUGCGUGCAGGCUGCAGGCGGCACUGCCUCCACGGCCGCCCCAGGGGAGCCCCCGCCGGCCCCCCACCCGCCACCUCUGCCGUGCCCCCAGGGCCGAUGCCCACGCAAGGGGACGGCAGAGCCGGGGCUUAACACCCCAGAAGCACCGAAGCAUCAGCCGCCCAGCGUGGCACGUCCCUGAGGUGCCGGCAGACUAUGCGAGAGCCCCCCCGGGGGGGCUGAGCCAAGCAGAGCCUGCCGGGGCACCGAGGAGAGGACGGCGAGGGGGGGUUCCAGUGGAUGGACCCCCUGAGGCCAGCCCCCCCAAUGUCGGCUCCGCUGCUUCUCUGGGUCACCCUCCUCCACUGGGCCGCCAGCGGGGGCUUCAUCCGGGGGGGCAGGACGUGGCAGCACUGCACAGACCUGCGCCCGCUGGACAUCCUCUCGGAGGUGGCCCCCGCCGGCGGGCUGGCCCGCGGCGUGAGGGUCUCUCAAGCGCAGGGGGUGCGAGGUUUCCAGCUGGCCGCCUCCCGGCCCCGCGCCCUGGGCUUCCCCGCCUCCCGGCUCUUCAUCCACUGCGACCGCUUCCCCGAGGAGUUCUCCAUCAUCGUCACGCUGAGGGUCCUCAGCGGCCCCGCCAAGAGGAACGAGUAUGUCUUCACGCUGAUGGCGGAGGAGAGCCCCAGCGUGCUGGUGGGGCUGCGCUACGCCCCCAACAAGCUCCACUUCCUCUUCUGGAGCCAGGAGCGCGCCGGCGGCUGGCAGACCCGUGUCACCUUCCCCAACGUCUCCCUCGCCGACAGCCAGUGGCACACGCUCAUCCUGGCCGUUUCGGGCCAGUCCUUCUCGCUGACGGUGGACUGCAGCGUCCCCAAGGAUGUGGUGGUGGAGACGCCCUUCCCAGCCUCUCUGUCGGUGAAGAGAGCCAGCUUCUACCUGGGCAACAGGAGGAGAAGGAAAGGCGUGUUCACGGGCUUGCUGAGACAGCUCGUCCUGCUGCCGGGAGCCGAUGCCACCCCUCGGAUAUGCACAGCCAUGAACUUCAAAGUAGCGACGCUCUCUGUCCCCCCUGUCCUCCAGGAUCUCCCCACAAAGCCAGCAAGCAACGAGGUGCUAAAAUACCCCUACGAGACUGACACGAAGGUGACCCUGGGGUCCCGUCCACCCUGCACCAAGCAGGAGAAGGCACAGUUCUGGUUCAACGCCUCCCAGCGAGGGCUGUACCUCUGCAACGGCAGCGCCUGGAUUUCCAUGCUGGAAGUCAAGCAAAGGCUGGACUAUGUGGAGGAGUACCAGAACCUGGUGACCAACUCUGAGACAAUGGGUGUUGAGGUCUUCACCAUCCCAAAGGUGGGGCUGUUCGCAGCCACUGCCAACCGGUACACCCUGCCGGGAUCAGCCAUCUAUAAGUGGACCGAUGGGAAGUUUGUGCCCUACCAGAACAUCCCCACCUACCAAGCUCAGUCCUGGAAGUAUUUCACCAUAGGAAAGAAGAUCUUCCUAGCAGUGGCUAAUUUUGAGCAGAAUGACAGGGGUCAGGAGUUCUCUGUAAUAUACAAGUGGAGCCGCAGGAAAGAGAAAUUCAUCACGUACCAGAGGAUCACCACGCACAGCGCUAGGGACUGGGAGGCAUUUGUCAUUGAGGGAGAGGCUUUCCUCGCAGUGGUCAACCACAGAGAAGGGAAUAACCACAACAUAGACAGCGUGAUAUACAGGUGGAACCCCAGGACGGGGUUGUUUGAAACCAACCAGACCAUCCCUACGUCUGGAGCCUAUGACUGGGAAUUCUUCACCAUCGGGCCGUAUUCCUUCCUGGCGGUGGCUAACACGUUCAAUGGGACAUCCACUAAGAUCUACUCGCACAUCUAUAUCUGGCUCAGUGGCUCUUUCCAGCUCUUCCAGUCUAUCCUGACUUUCGGUGCUGCUGACUGGGAGGUCUUUCAUAUCGGGGACAGAGUCUUCCUGGCUGUUGCAAACAGCCACAGCUAUGACAGCGGGAUGCCAGCACCCUCUAACUUCUACGCCAUCAACUCCUCCAUCUAUGAGCUGAACAUCACUGCCCAGAUGUUUGUCAAAUUCCAGGACGUCCUCACCUACAGUGCCCUGGACUGGGAGUUCUUCUCAGUGGGAGAUGACUCUUUUCUGGUGGUAGCAAACUCCUUCGAUGGCUUCACCUUCUCCGUUAACAGUAUUAUCUACAGGUGGCAAGGCUAUGAAGGCUUCGUAGCGGCUCACCGCCUCCCCACCAUCGGCUGUAGAGACUGGGAGGCGUUUCACACUGCCGAGGGCUCCUACCUCCUCUACUCCAGCGCCAAGGAGCCACUUUCCAAGGUGCUCAAGCUGAAAACUACCUGAGGUGGCUGAGACACGCUCAGCUCAUUGCCAGGACGGGGGCAAGCCGGGCAUCGAGGUGAAGAUGGAUCACAGUGCCCAGGGGUGGCCACGGCGUCAGCCCUGCAGCUGUCUGACUGUGCGCUCCGCAGGAGGGGGAGGAGGAAGAGGGGAGCUCCCUGCAGCCUUGGCCGGGGGCUGGAAAAGGGGCUGUGACCCUGCUUUGGUGCUGUUUCUCCUGGGCAAGCUCUCCUGCCACAUUCCAGAGCCAUGUCCCACGCAGGGUGCCUGGUGCCCAGGCGCUUCCCCGGGCUCGCCGGGACCCCAGAGCUUGGUAGUCUCCAUCCAGGAGGGACCCAGAGCUGCUGUUGGUUGUGGCCAGAGCUCGCACAAAGCCAGGGAAGAAAGAGACUGAGCGAGGCGUGUGCUGCCGGGGUGGGUGCAGAGCAGUGGGGAGGAGAUGGCGUGUGAGAAAUUGGGGGAAAAGUUGGCUUCGGGCUUGGCUCUGGCUGCCCAGUGCCUGGGGCUGCGAUGCCGCUGAGGACCCACCUGGUCUGACGUUGCACACCAUUAUUUCGUGUCUGUCUUUGGUGGCCUCACCACCCCGUCCCACUGAUGCGGGUGCCUGCUCCUCCUCCCGCUCCACCGUGGCUGGCAUUGGUCAUCCUCACCGAGUGACGUGUAUACUGUACAAAUCCAUAGGUGUGUACACGGACCGAUGCUGGCCUCUUUGCAUGAGGCUAGAAACUCCCGGGCAAACCUGCUGUGCAUUGGGAACAAUCCAGCUACCGUGGGCAUGGGAAAGACUCCAAACUGCUCCAGG